UUGCACGCAGCAACUAACGUAGCCGCGCGCUGUGCAAAGCUCUGCCAGAUCAUCGUGCUACAGUUAUAACAAAGUUUUCACGCGUCGCUUGGCUUGCGUCUUGGUCCCUUGUCUCAGUGGCCGAGGCUAUCGUCUGUGAGCUGGAGCGGAGCGGGGCAGUGCGGUGCAGUGUCCACUUACAAAUAGUGCGCUGCGCGAGGAGGCACGGGGACAGAAAAAACAUUCGACCCUAGAGAGACAGCAUAGAGAGAGAGACCUGAGAAAUCUGCGCAGCAGUCAGAGACUGACACUGAGUUACUGGACUUUUUGGAUAUGAGAACGCAAACUGGGAUUACUCUUAUCUUUACCUUUAUUUCGCGUUUUCUUUCCACGAGCCACAACAACGCUCACCUUCUUCUUCAGACAGGUUGAGAAUCGCAGCUUCGCUCUUGCUAGAUGAACGGGAGUAGUUGGAGACUUCGCUUGGUGUGUCUCUCCGAUGCGAUUGGCUCACGGCCCAACAGGAAGUGAGCAACACCCCACCUCCCCAUGGCUCCACCCUCGGUGGGUCGCUCCUCCCUUACCCAGCAUGUUGUGCUGCUUCUGCAGUGCAUUCUAGUCCUGCAGACUGGGGGUGUGGUCGGCAGGAGAGGGCCGGUGCUGCUGCCUGAGUCACCCUGUCACCGGGCGGAACACCCCCUUAUCUCACACACAGAUAUGGAGCCGUGGAUUCACAGGUUCCGGGCUGAGGGCACAGUGGAUUACUCUCAGCUAACCUUUGACCCCAGCCAGAACGAACUGAUAGUCGGAGCCAGAAACCACCUGUUCAGACUCAAUCUGAAGGACCUCUCGUUGAUCCAGGAGGUGGAAUGGCACUGUGAUGAGUUCACUAAAGGUGCCUGCUUCAGCCGGGGCAAGUCAGAGGAGGAAUGUCAGAACUACAUCAGAGUGUUGCUGGUGAAUGGAGACAGACUGUUUACAUGCGGGACCAACGCUUUCACACCCAUCUGCACCAACCGCACCCUGACCAACCUGACAGAGAUCCAUGACCAGAUCAGUGGGAUGGCACGUUGUCCCUACAACCCUCUCCAUAACUCCACAGCCCUGAUCACCUCCAGUGGAGAGCUAUAUGCUGCUACCGCCAUGGACUUCUCCGGCAGAGACCCUGCUAUCUACCGCAGUCUGGGGGGGCUGCCACCUCUACGCACCGCACAGUACAACUCCAAAUGGCUGAAUGAGCCUAACUUCAUCUCCUCCUACGAUAUCGGGAACUUCACCUACUUCUUCUUUCGGGAGAACGCGGUGGAACACGACUGCGGUCGGACUGUGUUCUCGCGCGCUGCCCGGGUCUGUAAGAACGACAUUGGAGGACGCUUCCUAUUGGAGGACACCUGGACCACGUUCAUGAAGGCACGGUUGAACUGCUCUCGACCGGGAGAGAUACCGUUCAACUAUAAUGAACUACAGGGGACGUUCUACCUGCCAGAGUUGGAACUGCUCUAUGGGAUCUUCACUACUAAUGUGAAUAGCAUAGCUGCAUCUGCAGUGUGUGCCUUCAACCUCAGUGCCAUCACCCGGGUGUUCGGUGGUCCCUUCAAGUACCAGGAGAACUCUCGCUCCGCCUGGCUACCCUACCCCAACCCUAACCCUGACUUCCAGUGUGGUACCAUAGACUAUGGCUCCUAUGUGAACCUGACAGAGAGGAACCUGCAGGAUGCCCAGAAGUUCCUGCUGAUGAACGAGGUGGUCCAGCCGGUCCAGCCUGUCCCUUACUUCAUGGAGGACAACGUCCGCUUCUCCCACGUAGCUGUGGAUGUGGUGCAGGGCAAAGACAUGCUGUUCCACAUCAUCUACCUGGCUACAGACUAUGGCACCAUCCGUAAGGUCCUGUCUCCUCUGAACCAGUCCAUGGGCAGCUGUCUAUUGGAUGAGAUUGAGUUGUUUCCGCCCAGGAGGAGACAGCCAAUCAGAAGCCUCCUGAUCCUGCACAGCACCAGUGAGCUGUAUGUCGGGGUCAGGGACCAGGUCAUCAAGAUACCACUGAUGAGAUGCAACUUUCACAAGACCAGAGAGGGGUGUGUGGGGGCGAGGGACCCCUACUGCGGCUGGGACUUGGUGUUAAGGAAGUGUACCACCCUGGAGGAGAGCGUCAGCAUGAGCCAAUGGGAACAGAGCAUCACACAAUGCCCUGUGCGUAAAGUGACGGUGGAUGGAGGGUUUGGGCAGUGGUCAGGCUGGGGGGCCUGUAGCCAGACUGAUGGGGGCAGUGCUGGUUCCUGUCUGUGUCGGACCAGGCCUUGUGAUAACCCCACACCCCAGUGUGGGGGUCAGUCCUGUCACGGACUCAGCGUGGAGGUCGCCAACUGCUCCAGGAACGGUGUGUGGAGCCCCUGGACUCUGUGGGUCCCCUGUAGCACCAGCUGUGGCAUUGGCUUCCAGGUCCGCCAGAGGUCCUGCAGCAACCCCACCCCGCGCCAUGGAGGACGAGUGUGUGUGGGGCAGAACAGAGAGGAAAGGUAUUGUAACGAGCACCUGCCUUGCCCGCCUCAUGUCUAUUGGUCGGCCUGGUCGGCAUGGGAACGCUGCACGGUGCCCUGCGGAGGCGGCAUCCAAUCACGCCGCAGGACCUGCGAGAACGGUAACGAGUGCCCCGGGUGCGCCCAGGAGUACCAGUCGUGUAACACCCUGCCGUGUCCUGACUUGAAGAAGACCACUCCCUGGACCCCCUGGAUGCCGGUCAACAUAUCGGACAACGGCGGUCACUACGAGCAGCGGUUCCGGUACACCUGUAAGGCCCGUGUCCCCGACCCUGAUCUGCUGGAGGUGGGCCGACAGAGGAUAGAGAUGCGAUACUGCUCCAGGGACGGCUCCACUGGAUGCUUCACUGACGGAGAUCUGCUGCGGUCGGGUAAGAUCUCCGGCCACACUGUGAACGGAGGCUGGACAUCCUGGAGCUCCUGGUCUCAGUGCAGUAGAGACUGCAGCCGAGGGAUACGUAGCCGUAAACGGUCCUGUACCUCCCCUGAACCACGCCACGGGGGACAGACCUGCCUGGGACCUGCUCAGGAGUACCAGGAGUGUAACAUCACACCCUGCCCAGUGGACGGUAGCUGGUCGUGCUGGUCUGGCUGGUCUAAGUGUUCAGUGACGUGUGGAGGGGGACACUAUAUGAGGACACGCACCUGCAACAACCCCCCACCAGCCUACGGAGGAGAUAUCUGUCUGGGACUACACACUGAGGAGGCUCUCUGUAACAUACAAUCAUGUCCAGAGAGUUGGUCUAACUGGUCCCAGUGGUCCCAGUGUGACAGUUCUGGCUCCCAGCUGCGUGUUCGACACUGUGACGUCCUGUUCCCUACUGGAAACCAAUGUUCAGGAAACCACACUGAGACCAGGACCUGCCCACCUGACUCCAACUUUAUACCGGAAGUCUCUAUCGCACGUUCGAGUCAGGAGGAGAGAAGAUGCGGAGAUUUCAACCUGUUCCAUAUGAUCGCUGUCGGCCUGAGUAGUUCUAUCCUGGGAUGUUUGGUCACCUUACUGGUGUACACCUACUGCCAGCGCUACCAGCAGCAGUCUCACGAAGCUACGGUCAUCCACCCCAUCUCAGCAACACCACUCAACACCUCCAUCACCAACCACAUCAACAAACUGGACAAAUACGACUCCGUGGAAGCCAUUAAGGCUUUCAAUAAGAACAACCUGAUUCUGGAGGAAAGAAAUAAGUACUUCAACCCCCAGCUAGCAGGGAAGACUUACACCAAUUCAUACUUCACUGACCUCAACAUGUAUGAUGACUAUUGACCCUUCAUUGGGCUACAGCACCGGGGAUACACACCCACACCACUCGUUAUGACAAUGUCCUAUAUUUUUCCACCUUGUGGUUCGUAAUGAAAUCUGUGACAUUUUAUGUGGGAUCCUCCCACUCUGGGACGCAUUGGCAGCUGCCAUCCAAUCAAAUUACAGCCAAACAGCAAAGUCAUCGAAGGGACAGGCCCAAUUUAUUUCCCCUCAAGUGCUCUGCUGGGGUUCACUGGGAAACUUCUAGUUUGGAAAAAAGAAAUCAACAGCAACAAGAUCUUGAUUUGAUUCUCACGAACAUGGAAACAACUGGAAUUUUGAUUUCCAUUGAAGGAAGGGAAAAAAGGGAAAAAGUUCUUUAAAAAAAUAAAAUAAUCAAAAGAACUUUCUGAAUGGGAAGGAUCCUGCUUUGAUUUCCUGUGAACUCUCUGGUUCCAUAACUGUGUCGGUUCCAGGGGAAGAAAACCACCAAACUGCUUUGCAUGAUUUCAUCUGUCACUCUGUUCAGUUUUGCAUGGUUGGUAGCAGUCCAGGGCUUGGGGCCUUGUAGGCAGGCAGGCGGGCCACUCACUGCUCUGUGGUCUCGGGAUUGGUUUGUCUGCUGUGCUAUUGUCCUACAGAGGACCCCAAAGGUGUGGCGUUAGUGAUGCCUGAUGAUUUCAACCCACCUAUAAUGCACUCAAUAGCUACCCCAGGUCGUUGUGGAUUUAAACCAAUUACAACUCUGCAUUAUUUUAGACUCUGUACCAUCUACCGUUGAGUAACUAGCCCUUUUGUUUAAAGAGGGGGUUGGUUAUUCAAAUAAAGACAGCUAUCUAUCAGGAUGUAGAUAUUUUAGAGCUGUGUCCAUUUUCUUUCUCUUACGGGGCUGGCGUUGGUGUAGCGGUUAGUGGUGGUUGAGAUAUCAGUGUAUAAUCUUUCUUGCUUUUUGUUGAUGUUAUUGUAUAGUAAAGCUCAUUUGGAAGCAUAUGUCUCAGUAUCUUUUAUAGGUCCAUUUCCUCAAUGUCAGUGUUAAAAACAAUACUUUUCUUUGUUAUGGCAAAGGAGUAAUGAAUUCAUGCAAGUAAAUUGGAGAAAUUUGGGAUGAAAAAAUGGCCAGGAAUAUAUAAGUAGAUCAUGUUCAAACUGUCAUCAUACUUUUUAUAUUUUUUAUCAUUUUGAAAUUCACAUUUGUUGAUUUGGCUGUUUGGCUAAGUUAAUUUGUUUGGCCUGGGGUUAUAGUAACAGAUAAAGAGAUAGAGCUUAACAAACAUUGUUCUCCAGAACCAGAAGUGGUACUUUUCAAGGUGAAACAUCUCUCUUUUGUUUAAAGAUGAUGUACAUCCAUAACUGCGUGAAAUAUUCAGUAUGUUGGUUUCUUCAAUGUUUUCAAUUGUAACUAACUUUUUUUUUUUUUACGUUUGCUUGUUUUAUUGUGGGUAAAUAAAA